UUAAAAGAGAAGUCGCGCAACCGCUACGCCUUAAGAGUUCCCGAGCGAGCGAGAGAGAGCUGCAAUCUCUGGCGUCCGAUCUAUGGACCUCGAGGAGAUGAUGGACGGCUGCGGCGGGUCGUGGACGGAAGAGCGCCACUCCGCCUUCCUCAACUGGGUAGAGGAGUCCUUCGUCCGCCGGGUGCUCGCCGCCCGCGGCAACGACCCUAGCCCCCACCUGGACCUCGACGUCAAGCUCGGGGCCUCCGUUUGGCUCCCGCCGCCGCUCCCGCUCGACCGCUUCCUCCCCGACAGCGCCACCGAGUCCAACCGCAACCCUGGGAGGCCCGCCAGGCCGGCCCGGACACGGCGAUCGGCGACGACGGCCGUGGAGGCGGAGGAGCCAGAACAAGAAGAAGAAGAAGAAGGGGAGUCAGUCGUGACAAGUCGUCACAGGAAAAGGAAGCCACAACCACUUCUCUCAAAGCACAAGUGCCUGAAGGAUCAGCUUGGAAGCGCAAAGCCAGACGACGGGAUUACUUCACACAAAAUGAAAGCUGGAGAAGCAGGAGCUUCCCAGAUUGCUCAGCGAGACGCCAACACCACACCGAGUAAGAAAAGAAGUGCAAGCAAUCGAUCUGUUGGUGCUGUUUAACUUUCUUUCUUCUUUGGUUCUUUUUCCUAGUUCGAGUUUUGUACUAGUGGUGGUAAGCGUCAUCCUCUUUUCUCUGAGUUCGCAGUUGCGGGAUAUAAUUACUGUCUCUUAAUUCUCCGAUCGCAGUUGCGAAUCUGAUGAUAGCCGGUUCAGCCAAAGAGAAAUAGUCCGUGCAGUGUGUUAUUUUAAUA